GGCUGUUGGAAACGCGGUUUGCGUGAGGGCGGAAGUUCCGCCUUUCAGGCGCUCCCGUAAGGGCGGAAGUCGCGCCGCAGCGGAAGCGGCUUCUGUUGGCCGGGAGUGACGUGUGGCCCGUCGGAGGCGGGGCUGUGUCCCCGCCGGGCGGCCGCCCCCGCAGGGUCGCGGCCAUGGAACUCGCCGCCGGCUGCCUCCGGGAGAAGCUGCUGCGGGGCCUGGAGGCGGAGCACGUGGAAGUGGAGGACACGACUUUCAACCGUUGCGCCACCAGCUUCCGAGUCCUCGUCGUGUCGGCGAAGUUCGAGGGGAAGCCACUGCUUCAGAGACACCGGCUGGUGAAUGAGUGCCUAGCGAAGGAGCUCCAGUGCAUCCAUGCCUUUGAGCUGAAAACCCUGACCCCAGAGCAGUGGAGGAAGCAGUGUCAUAAAUGAGGGAUGAAGUCUGUGCAGCUAUUAAAUGAUAUAGAAAUCAAAUCGGGACAGUUUCUUG